AGGCCGGGCCCGGGGCGUGGCCCCACAGCCAUGUCGGAGGGGCCGGCGGGAAUGGCGGCACCGGCGGCGAUGGCGGAGACGCGGCUGCGGCGGAAGCAGCUGCUGAGCGCGGAGGAAGCGGAGCUGUUCGAACUGGCGCAGGCGGCGGGCAGCGGGCUGGACCCGGAGGUGUUCCGGGUGCUGCUGGACCUGCUGCGCAUGAACGUGGCGCCGCUCGCCGUGUUCCAGGUGCUGAAGUCGAUGUGCGCCGGGCAGCGGCUCCCGCCGGCAGCCGAGAGCGGCCCCGCCGCGCCGGCGCCGAUCCCCGCCGACAGCCGAGGGAGGAAUAAAAGCAGCUCUGCUGUGGGUGGCUCCCAGGGUCUGGCCGAGAGAAGCAGCCGGGAAGGAUCUGCCCAGAGGAUCCGGCAGCCGAGCGCCAGCCGCGGGCAGAAGGCAGCGGCCUCUGGCAAGGGCAGCGGGGCCGGCAACAGUGCCUGAGCGAGCCUUGGAACAGAUGGACUGCAGUGCUUGACAAUGAUUGUAAAUUGUGCUUGUUGAAGCUGCCUGUGUUGUAUGUAUUAAACUAAAACCAUGAUUUGUAAUACAGAAAA